CGACGUAUCUCAGCUCAGGAGGACUCCAACCUUUUUUACGAUGGGACAAUGGUAUGCAUGAUAUUAUGGGGAGGGACAAGUGGCAAAGUAGCGUUGAGCAGACUAUAAAAGUCUCCCACCAGAUUUACAGCUUAAACGAAGACAGCUCUGCUAUGUUCACCCUGUUCGGUGCUAGCAAGUGUAUUUAUUUCGGUAUCCCGAUGGGCAUGGCUAUCCUGGGGUUCGUGUUGGCUUUGUUCGGAGGUGAUGCGGUACUGGCGGGGAGUGUGCUCCACCUGGUCGUGGCACUCUGGAUAUUCCUCACUUAUCUUCUUUGGGUGUACGGUAUCCUUGGAUUCCACCUUAACUCGGAAACACAACACAGUACACGGACCCUCCUUAAGUACAGCAGUCAGUAUGGUUGCUGUGGUAUCUAUGUAAGGGUGCUGAGAUACAGACCGAGUUUCAGAGACGAGCGGAGACCGACAGCAGUCCACCCCAUGAUGGAGACACCAGAUAGCGUGGGUAACACAGCAGUACACUCAGCGGUCCCUUCAGCGGUCCCCGGCAACAGUUCUUACGUUCAGGGUGUUCAGCGGAGUAACUUCAUCACUAAAGCCUGGUCUUGAAUCGCCCCAUUAAUAUAUGUGUUCAUGUGGAUUUCGAUAAGAAAAUUAGUACAUCAGAGAAAUGAGACAUCCAGA